AUGCAUCGAGUGCACGGUCUUCUUCUUCUUCUUCUCAUUGCUGGAGCCUGCUUCGGAGUUGAGUACCAGUUCGUCAAACCGGGCAAGUUGGAUCAUCUGAUACCGCAUCCGGUCUUCAAAUUGUCCGCUCUCUCCAUCAAAGAAGAAUUCUACUCUUCCCCUGAGGUCACCAAAGAAGGAUUUUUGUAAGUUUUGGGCUCGGAGACUUAUCUUUCAGCCGCUAUGACAUCAAGGCUGCCGUCGCGACCAACAAACAAGGAUUCUACGGGCUUUUAAAACCCAAUUAUAAGAUCAAAUUCAACUUGGACAAUUGCAAAAAUAAGCCAUCUGAGCAGAUCUCUUCCCCUUUUUGUCUUUGCUUCACUACCGAUGGAAAUAAACCUCCAGAUGCUGAGGCUGUAAGGGUUUGGAGUUGUAUAAUACACUGAAUAUUCAGGUGUGCGGAGAGAACAAGAAUGAUUGGUCCUACGUCUGUUUGAUUAAAGGCAACAAAGUCAAGUAUUGGAACGGCGAAAAAAUCGAGGAAAGUAAAGAGGAAAACUGCAAAAGUGCCGUUCUUUCUGUCAACGGUGAUGUAAGUGCCUUACCAACCCCUUUAUGCUGCUCUUAAAGUCCAUGCAAAUAGGAUGUGGAACAGGAUCCAAUGAUGAAAACGUCCUCACUAAGACAGCGCCCCCACCCAAGAUCACCGGAGAAUAUAUACGGGGCAAACCUUACAAGGUUCAGAUGAUCAAUCUUUAUUUUAACCCCUGUGGAUCCGCUGAAAUGGUAAGGAACCGGUCGAUCAGUGCAUAACAUUGUAGAAUGAUCUCUAUUACACUCAAAACUUCCAUCUGACCGCAGAACCCACGGCCGUGCAGGUCUCUGUUCCCGAAGAUUCUUCGGAUGAAUCGACUUGUCCCGAAUGUGAAUGUAAAGUGGAUGUCCCGAGAUUCGCCAUUGCUGGAGCUCCCAAAUUCUUUGGAUUUUACACUCCUCUUCUGGUCGUUCUUGUUUAUUUCCUCUUCUUGUAA